CGCAGACGCUGAACGCCUCAAAGCCUCCCCCUCAGUCGCCGUGUCGGUUCGGUCCAGGGAGGCGAGAAACGGCCAUGAACGGCUUCGGCCUCGGGGCGGCGGCGGCGCUGCGAAACGCCGGCAGCGAGACUCUGGAGAAGAUUGACAUGUCGCUGGAUGACAUCAUUAAACUUAAUAAGAAAGAAGAGCGGAUGCAGUAUUCCCCCAGAAUGAAGAGGGGGGUUCCCCAGAAUGGCAAAUGGCAGUUCAGGAUGAGGAGACCCAAAUGGGGAAUCCAGGAGUACACAGGUUUUGGUAAGAACCGCUUAGGACGCAGAAGGAGAAUGGCUGGAAAGAGGCGCACUUAUGGUGUGAAGACGGGGUUGGCAGCGAGGAAGGCAUUAGGAUCGCACAAAGGCAUCAGCCCCCUGAACAGACCACCUCUCAGUGAAAAGAACGUUCAGCGGAACUACUCAGUCUUGAAAAGGAAGAUGACCAUCCAGAGGCAACCUGAGCUGCAGAGGAAGCAAGGAGCCGUUCUCAGGAGGCCUACCCUGCUGAACAGAAGAACUAAUAUUCAGUCCCUGUCUGCCAGAAGUGGAAACAAGUUAUAUCAGCAGAAAGAUUCACGCCAAGCUACUUUCCUCUUCAGGAGGGGCCUGAAGGUGCAGGCACAAGUACAUCCCGAAGAUGACCUUAGUGGUCAGGAUACAAAAAGACCUCCUCCAUGGCGGACAUCCACUACGAACGGAGGAAUUUUGACUGUGUCUAUCGACAAUCCUGGCGCAGUGCCAUCACCAAUCUCUUUGAAGCCGAGGCUGACUAGUACUCCGGUGCCUGCCUUCCUCAUGAAGAAGGAUCAGACAGAAGAGAAGAAGGUACCUAAAGGUGUUCCACUACAGUUUGACAUUAACAGUGUUGGAAAGCAGACAAACAUGACCCUCAACGAGCGCUUUGGGAUCCUGAAGGAGCAAAGAACAGCCCUCUCUCAGAACAAAGGCAGCCGUUUUGUAACUGUGGGCUAGCGGCUGACAGAGAAAUGCCCCAUACAUGGGUGUCCUGUCUGAGAAACUGAACUAACGGUGGACAGAAAUAUAUGGGAUAUGUUGGACUUUGUGUCAAGAUGCUGAUGAAGCGGAAUCUCUCUUUUCUUCUCUCUCUCUCUUUUUUAACUUCCUUUAUUUUGAGUAGGUAAACAAAUCCCUGGCAUGAUAUUGGGCCACAAAAAGAGAAAAUUCAGUAUCCUUGAUAGAUGGUGUCCUGCUGCCAUGAUGGGAAAAGAUUCCAUGUAGCCCCAGCAAGGAGGGAGCAGGCAAAUGUCCUUGUUCUAGUACCCUCAAGCAGCCAGUGGAAGUCUGCUAUUAAAAGCGGCGGCCAAUCCUUGCACCGCAGCCCUUUGCGAAACUGAAAAGGGUGUCGCGUCAUUUCAUUAACAUCUCCUCCUCCCAUAGUUUUCUAACCUGUUUCACAUGAAGCUCAGCGUGAGGAGCCCUUCCUUGCUCCUGGUUUUUUCAGAUCGCUGACGUUCUCCCCUUCAUCUGGUAUUGAAAGCCAAGUUGUUGGAAAUUUGAGGAGGUAAAAUAAAACUCCUGAAAGGCACGGCAGUUAGGAUGUUGUCACUCUUGCAAGAAUGAGGCCUUGCUUUGAGGCUGUGGUAAGGACCUGGCCCGUGCAUUCUGAGAACGAGGUCUGUCCUUGGAGCAACACUAAAUCAAGACCCGUUAGAAUUUUUUUUUUCUUUUAAGCUGCUGGUUUACUUCAGAUCGUCAUUAGCCGGAACUAUGAUUUGAUGACCAUUUAAUGUUACCUGAAAUUAUUUUGGUGGUUGUUCUGUUGUGAUGUAGAAAUGUGCACUUUGUAUGUUCAGUUCUUAAUGGUAGUUUCAGCAGGUUAGCAUCGAGGUGUUGAAGGGACCGUCCUGUUGUAUCGGGAUCAGAAGCAGUGCAGGCAGUUUUCCAAACUUCAUGCACGUCGGGUUCUUGAAUUCAGAACGCGCAAUAAUAUUUGGGGGGGACACAAAGUCUGACAAGCCCGCAUUGCAAGCUGAGAAGCGACUUGAGGUUAGCCGCAUUCAGAACCUUAGCACAAGCAAUGGAACGGCUUAUGAAUAGCGUCUUGGAUUAAAUAUAUCCACAAUGGUGCAUUUAGGUACACCUAGAAGAAAGCAGACUAUUUAGUUGUUCACCCAAUUUACAGAAGCAACAAAAUACGAGGGUUUAUUCUUUUUCUUUUUUUUCUUUUAAAUAUCCCCAUAUAUCUAGUUUACCCUGGAGUUCAAAAGAGGCAUCUCUUCUGUUUAGCAGAAGAGGGGCUUUCUGUGAUCAGUUUUAAAACAGUCAUGUGUCCAUGACUGUUAACGUUCAACUACUUCUGUUUUUAAUUGUUUGGAAUACGUUCCCCAGCCUUUGCAACGGAAAAAGUUUAGAACGUAAAAAGUUUUUGCUUUUUUAUUUGUUAGUAAGAGUUCUGUUGAAGAAGUCUGUUAGCAUUGACUUAGACUCUGCGCUGAUAGUCAUCCUGUGUUUGAUUUUUACCAGGAUGCAAUUAAAAAAAAAAAUUCUUUUUGCAUCAACUUGGAUGCAAAACAUUGAUGCAAUGCAUCUCAAGAGAGUUAGUUUGUAUUUAAGGACAAUAUGCUUUAAACUGUACCUUUUGGUAUUUUUUUUUUGAGGAGUUACUACAUUUGGAUCUAUUCUAAAGCUGUUGGACUUUUUAAAAAUAAAAAAGUUACAAGUUU